AUGUCGGUGCCACAGAAAUUCCGUACUGGUGAGUACUCUUCAUCGUCAAAGUCUGUUGCCAUUCCGCGCACAGCAUUACCAUUGCCACUACCGCCAACACCUCGCCCGGACAAGCAUCUCCAACCUAUGCAAGCUGCACUGCCAACUGCUGAUUCCAAGCUGGCCACUAUCAAGUCGUACAGGAGGGCAUUGGGCUUGUGUUUCAAAUGUGGUAUGAAAUGGUCUAAAGACCACAAGUGUUCCCUUGAGGUAUUGAACGCCGUGAAAAUUCUUUGGGAAUCCUUUUUUGAUGAAGAUGAUCAGUCUGCUUAG